AUGGCAAAGCUUUGCAUCAUAAUUGCCGUUGCUUUUGUAUUUGCAUUAGCCAAUGCAGGAGACCCCGAUAUCCUCGAAGAUUUCUUGGUGCCUCCAGGCAUUGACCCCAACACCAUAACGAGACAAUACUUCACAUACACUGGCCUUAGACACUUCAAAGUUACUGGGAAUUUAACCGGACAAACAACGGAGAGGGUCACCAAAGUCACAAAAAAAGUAUUUCCUGCAUUGGAAGGGCUUGGAGUUUCAGUUUUCAAAAGAAUAUAUUCUCCUUUAAGCAUCAAUCCUCCUCAUUACCAUCCUCGAGCAUCUGAACUUAUAUAUGUACUAGACGGGCCUAUGGAAGUUGGGUUUGUUGAUUCGACCAAUAAGCUCUUUCUGCAAACACUUCAACAAGGUGAUCUUUUUGUCAUCCCAAAAGGGGCUCGCUCAUUUUGA